CGUACCGUUCCCAAACAAUGCUCAGGAAAAGCCACGUUGACGAUCUAGACUGAAGUGUAGUCCACAUUUUGAGGCAGAAUAAAGCAGCAUUUAGUCUGUGGAAGCUCUGAUUCCUUCUCGCUGCAGACUCCAGGUCAGAGAGGACAUGUCGUCGCCGCCGAAGGAGAAAGUGGAAACCAAAGGAGGACAUCUCCCUGCAGUAAAGGCUGGAGGUAUGAGGAUAGUGCAAAAGCACCAGGUGGCUGCUGCUGCUGCUGUCCCGGAACAGCCGCAGAAAGAUGAUGAAGAGGAGUACAUCAGCAGCAGUCCACCAAAGGUCCCCGUGAUUGUGUCUGGAGUGGUUACAAAGGGUGAUAAGGACUUCACCCCUGCAGCUGCCCAGGUGGCCCACCAGAAGCCCCAACCUGGUAUCCCAAAGCUGCCCACCAACCAGCACAUCAACCAGCACAUUCAUCAGCCUCGCAAGUGAGCCAGGCAGCCGUCAACUCCCUCCACCAGCCGGCCUUCCCAAUGGAACACAUAAGUUGAAGAUGUUUCCCCACCAGGCGCAGAUCUCCUCAAAAUAAUCACAUUUAAAUUUUGCUAGCCUGUUGCAUUAAUGUAAAGCAGCUUAAUGCCAGUAUGGCCAUUGUAGAAGACCCAGUCUGUACACUCUUGCUGCAUCGGUGCACUUUUGGGUCCUCUCCUUAAGGUGGUAUAGAUGGUGUAGGGUCCUCUAAAAUGACUAUUAUUCUAAGUUUAAACAUUAGUGGAUAAACUGAUCUGAGAUCUGAGUCUGUUGGGGGAACUCACACCCCGGUGAUGUGCUGACCAGAACCACAUCACCACAACCAGCCAAUCACAGAAACCUAUCAGUCAGGCUACUUAACCAACCGAAUCACCUCAUAGUGAGGAGCCUGAACUCCAGCCUUCUACCUAUGACCUUCACAGACAAAAAAGAACCAAUCAACAAAUCAGGAGGAGGACACCAGUUUUAUAUCAUCAACAGGAACCAAAAAAAAAGAACACACAGUGAGCAGCUUCUAAAUUGCAGAAAUCAGUUCGAUGUGAGAGAGACUUUUGCCAAAUUGCACAGUUACAGCAUGGGUAAGAGAAAGUAAAACUAGCCAAUUAUAUGACAGCAUUAACCAAUAAGUAACCAAAAUGCUGAAGUUCCUCUGAAUAUUGAUAAGCAUUCCAUUUGUGAGAUUUAGAAAUGUAGUUAUUGAUCAACUCUUAAUUGAAAUUGGUCUGUAUGUUCAACCAGGGCAAGAAAUUGUACAUUUUCAAUAUAUUUUUUAAAAGGCCAAUACAGGGAGAUGAAAAACAUGACCCAUCUUACUGUACUGACUCAUUCAGCUACUUGAUGCAUGUUGUUAGUGUCAUGUCUCAAAACAACCAGAUGCUAAAGGAAAAGCUAAUAUAACUUGAAAAAUGUAUGUAGAUUUUUGCUACAGCCUCCUCCGAUGUCAGAGCUUUUACCUUCAUUUAACAGAGGGGCCACAUUUUUUCCUGCCUCGUUUGAGCUGCAAUGAAGUCUAUCGUACUCUGGCAAUGUUAACUAAUUUUUAUGCAAACUCAACCUGCUUCAUAGUAAAAAUCUUCCAGCUGUGCCUCUUUGCUUGACAUCUUCUGUUAGCUUUGAGUAGGGUUUUUUUUUUGUCUAUUUUAUCUGCUACACAUUAAAAUCAACUGCAGUGAAAACAUGUAUCCAGAGCCAUUUACUGUGAAGCAGCUGCAGGGUUCUUUGUGUUUGCAUUAAAAUUAGUGUUAACAUCACAGGGGAGUAAUGUACUUUAUCAGGAGAGGAACAAAGCCUGACUGGGAUGAGCC